UUUACCAUGCAUGUUGAGAAGUUUACGAAGUUCGCCUGUGUCAAAAUGAGAUACAUAAAGCUAUUUAUACACACUGAAUUCUGAAUAUCAUAUAAGUAGAUCAAACCGUUAAUCUUUUCCAUCUUUGCAUGUCCAACGAAUGGAAAAUUAAGCAAGCUCCAUGAGACAGGCCCCAGCGGGGGGACACCAGUGGCAGUAACUUGAAAUUAACCCGAGGGAAGUAAUUUUGAAAUAUUGGUUAAUACUGCCAUCGUCCCGCGAUGUUCUCCCCUGGAUCGUUACUUCAGUUAGACUGGUAUCGCAGCCAAGAAGGAAGGGAGAUAUUCAACAACUUUAUGCAGAAUAAUGGUUUGAGGAGAAAGACAUUUGGGUUACUUGAGAGGCCAAACAUUCCUCCUCUGGAAGAAUUCACCUAUAAGUUGUUUCUUGUGGGGAAGUCUGGAGUUGGAAAGACAAGCACGGCAGCCAAGCUGAGUGGCAACGAUGUACCUUCUGCACAUUGUGAAACAUCAGGAAUUCAGACAAGCACUGUAUAUUGGCCAGCUCGGAUUCUUCAACUGAACAAGACAGUGCUCUUCAACAUUCAGCUGUGGGAUGCUGGGGAGAAUGCACUGAGGAAGUUUGAUCAUGUUCUCCCGGCCUGUGUGGACAAGAUGGACGGGGUCCUCCUCCUCUACUCGUUCGUGGACAAGGGCAGUUUUGAGGAGAUCCCCCAGCUCAUCACUAGACUCACUGAUCCUGAUGAUGGUGUGUGUAAAAUAGUCAUCGGAACCAAAUUUGAUCAGCAUGCCCACAGCGAGAUUACCCAGAGAGACAUCCGUGAAUUUGAGAGCACAUGGAAAAUACCUAUACUGAAGAUUAAGAAUGUUCCAGAAUACCAUCACACAGACAGCCGAAAUGAUCUGAGUGAUGUCCUGCCAAUCUUGAACUCAAUCUGUGAACAUCUGUGGUACCGGGAUGUGUUACUGGCUGGCAGAUCACAGAACAAGGGUCACAUGGAAAACAGGAUAGCAUACUGCUGAAUCAGGGUUCACAGACAGGAUAGUGCAUUGCUGAAGUCAGGGUUCACGGACAACAGGAUAGCAUAUUGCUGAAGUCUGGGUUCACGGACAACAGGAUAGCAUAUUGCUGAAUUCUGGGUUCACGGACAACAGGAUAGCAUAUCGCUGAAGUCAGGGUUCAUGGACAACAGGAUAGCAUAUCGUUGAAGUCAAGGGCCACUGACCCCUGAAAUGAUAUUGCUGAAGCGAGGGUUCACGGACAACAGGAUGGCAUAUUGCUGAAGUCAUGGUUCACAGACAGGAUAGCACAUUGCUGAAGUGAGGGUUCACAGACAGGAUAGCGUAUUGCUGAAGUGAGGGUUCACGGACCACAGGAUAGCAUAUUGCUGAAGUCUGGGUCCACAGACAACAGGAUAGCAUAUUGCUGAAGUCAGGGUUCACGGACAACAGGAUAGCAUAUUGCGGAAGUCUGGGUCCACACACAACAGGAUAGCAUAUUGCGGAAGUCAGGGUUCACAGACAACAGGAUAGCAUAUUGCUGAAGUCUGGGUUCACGGACAACAGGAUAUCAUAUUGCUGAAUUCUGGGUUCACGGACAAGAGGAUAGCAUAUUGCUGAAUUCUGGAUUCACGGACAACAGGAUAGCAUAGUGCUGAAGUCAGGGUUCACAGACAACAGGAUAGCAUAUUGCUGAAGUCUGGGUUCACGGACAACAGGAUAGCAUAUUGCUGAAGUCUGGUUUCGCGGACAACAGGAUAGCAUAUCGCUAAAGUCAGGGUUCACGGACAACAGGGUAGCAUAUUGCUGAAUUCUGGAAUCACGGACAAGAGGAUAGCAUAUUGCUGAAUUCUGGAUUCACGGACAACAGGAUAGCAUAGUGCUGAAGUCAGGGUUCACAGACAACAGGAUAGCAUAUUGCUGAAGUCUGGGUUCACGGACAACAGGAUAGCAUAUUGCUGAAUUCUGGGUUCACGGACAACAGGAUAGCAUAUCGCUGAAGUCAGGGUUCAUGGACAACAGGAUAGCAUAUCGCUGAAGUCAAGGGCCACUGACCCCUGAAAGGAUAUUGCUGAAGUCACGGUUCACGGACAACAGGAUAGCGUAUUGCUGAAGUGAGGGUUCACGGACCACAGGAUAGCAUAUUGCUGGUCUGGGUUCACGGACAACAGGAUAGCAUAUUGCUGAAGUCUUGGUCCACGGUCCUCAGGAUAGCAUAUUGCUGAAGUCUGGGUUCAUGGACAACAGGAUAGCAUAUUGCUGAAGUCAGGGUUCACGGACAACAGGAUAGCAUAUUGCUGAUGUCUUGGUUCACAGACAACAGGAUAGCAUAUGGCUGAAGUCUUGGUUCACAGACAGGAUAGCAUAUUGCUGAAGUGAGGGUUCACGGACAACAGGAUAGCAUAUUGCUGAAGUCAAGGGCCACUGACCCCUGAAAGGAUAUUGCUGAAGUCAGGGGUCAUGACUACACAGACAAGACAGCAUAUUGCUGAAGAUAGGGUCACAGACAAUAGGGUAGCAUAUUGCUGGAUUCAAGGUCGCAAAACACUGUCAAUAGUACUUCAGCCAGAUGCCUGUGACAUAUUUUAAUCAUAGACUGGGAUCAAGCAUCUAUAGAGAGUUUUAUAAAAAGUCUGGUUUCACAGAAAACUGAAAGCGUUGGAGACAUAUAGUCAGAAUACAAGUAGGCUGUGUUGUUGCAGAUUUUGCAGUUAUAAAAAGAAAACAUUCAUUCUGGUGACCAUGAAACAGAUAACAAAGACUCUUAUGUAUGUAUAUAGUACAUUUUUAUUAGGAUUUCUUUUUUAUUCCAAAAUAGGUAUUUUUGUAUACAUGAAUAAAUCAAGGUAAACCAUG